UGAUGAUACAAAACAGUGAGAAAGUGGCAGUAACAACUACAACCUUGAAACGUCUACUUGACAAAUGCAUAAGCCAUAAGAAUUUAAUCAAGCAAAUUCAUGCUCAAUCCAUUACAUGUGGUAUCUUCACACAAUCUCAUCAAUCUUUUGCCUGCAAAUUACUCAAUGUAUACACUAAACUGAACAAACCAUUUCAUGCCCACAAGGUGUUCGAUCAAAUUCCCCAACCAGAUAUUGUCUCCUGGACUUGUCUUCUAUCUCUACAUUUGCAAUUACAACAACCCACUAAAGCCUUUUCUCUGUUCAACCACUUAUUGGUUUCAACUUCACUUAAACCUGAUUCCCAUUCAAUAGUUGCAGCUCUAUCAGCUUGUGCUCGUACACAAAACCUGAUUAAUGGAAAAACAGUACACGCUAUGGUUUAUAAAUUUAUUAAUCAACCUGAACCCAUUAUAGGCAAUGCACUGAUUGAUAUGUAUAGCCGAACGGAGAGAAUCCAUUUGGCUCAACGUGUAUUUAACAGUAUGUGCGUUAAGGAUAUCGCUACUUGGACUAGUUUGCUCAAUGGGUUUGUAGUUUCCGGGGAAAUAAAGUCUGCCUGGAAGUUGUUUGAUGAAAUGUCGCAAAGAAAUGUGAUCUCGUGGACCGUGAUGAUUGUUGGAUGUGUACGUGGUAAAGAACCCGUUGGGGCAUUAGAACUGUUUAAGAAAAUGAGGAAGGAAAGUGAUGAUAGCCCCACCUCAAUUACGAUAGUUGCUGUGUUAUCUGGUUGUGCUGAUAUUGGAGCUCUUGAUUUUGGGAUGUCUAUUCAUGGAUAUUUAAACAAGGUAGCGGGUUUUGUUAUGGAUGUUGGGGUAAAUAACGCGCUGAUUGAUAUGUACGCUAAAAGUGGGAAUCUUGAUUUUGCUACGACGAUAUUUAGGGGAAUGAUAAAGAAGGAUGCGUUCUCGUGGACCAGUAUAAUUUUAGGUUUGGCACUUCACGGUAGGGGAAGAAAUGCACUUGAGGUUUUUGAUGAGAUGUUGGAAUCUGGGGUGACUGCAAAUGGGAUUACGUAUCUUUCAGUUCUAUCUGCUUGUAGCCAUGCUGGAUUAGUUAAUGAGGGGAAGGAAUUAUUCAACAGGCUGAAGAAUGACACUAGUUGUGCCACUAAAAUAGAGCAUUACGGCUGUAUGGUGGAUCUCCUUGGUCGUGCGGGUCAUUUAGAUGAAGCAGUGCGAUUGAUAAACCAAAUGCCUAUGAAACCGGAUGCUGUUAUAUGGAGAUCACUUUUGAGUGCUUCUGUCGCGAAUAGAAAUUUGGAAUUAGCUGAAAUGGCUGCGGAGAAAGCACUUGAAUUAGAACCUUACGAUGAUGGGGUGUAUGUACUGCUUUGGAAUUUGUAUAAUUCUGGUAAUAUGUUGGAAGAUGCUUCCAGGACAGUGAAGAUGAUGAGAGAUCAAAGAAUCAAGAAAAAGCCUGGGUGUAGUUGGGUCGAAAUUAAUGGAAUGCUUCAUGAAUUUGUGGCCGAACCUUCUGGACAACAUGUUUAUGAUGGUAUUUACAGGGUUUUAGACACAGUUGUAAAGCAAUCAAAUUUGGAUAUUCUUACUUAUCCUGCAGAAAUGUAGUCUUUUGAAAGCUGUAAAAUUUUCUGCCCUGGAUUUGGUGUGAGGUUGGGACAAAGGACAAAAAGCUAUAAGAAAAAGUUCCGGUCCUAGUUCUUUUAACUAUGGAAGACACUUCGUAAUGUUUGGCAGAUAAACACAAUGCAGUAAGUUAUUCUCGGUUAAUUAUUCUUGGCAAUAUGCAAAUCAGCAGAGGCGGAUCCAGGGGUUCAGGAUUCUAUCACAACUCAUUUGAUUUACUGCAUUUAAAAUCAAUUAUUUACAGUUAAUUAGUGAAAAUUUUAACACAUAGACAAAGUCUAAGCGAAAGCUUCUGAGUUUGAAUGAAACCAUACCCGUAACUCUACAUCUGCCCCUGUGCAAAUGCAUCUAUUGCACUCGUGUAGUUAGAAUUUUCUUUUGUUGCAUUUUUAGAUUAGUAUUGUGAAUUGCAAGUUCUGGUUUUGUGUUC